GGCAGGGAAACCGCCACCUGGCUUACAUCUGGAUGUAGUCAAAGGAGACAAACUCAUUGAGAAACUCAUCAUUGAUGAGAAGAAAUACUAUCUCUUUGGGAGAAAUCCUGAUCUGUGUGAUUUUACCAUUGACCAUCAGUCUUGCUCUCGGGUCCAUGCUGCCUUGGUCUAUCACAAACAUCUCAAGAGGGUUUUCCUCAUAGAUCUAAACAGCACACAUGGCACAUUCUUGGGUCAUAUCCGUUUGGAACCUCACAAACCCCAACAGAUACCCAUUGACUCCACAGUUUCAUUUGGAGCUUCUACACGGGCAUAUACUCUGCGAGAGAAGCCUCAGACACUGCCAUCAGCAGUUAAAGGAGACGAGAAGAUGAGCGGUGAUGAUGAAGAGCUCAAGGGCUUGCUGGGCCUGCCAGAGGAGGAGACAGAACUUGAUAACCUGACAGAGUUUAAUACAGCCCACAACAAAAGAAUUUCCACACUAACCAUUGAGGAAGGGAACUUAGAUAUUCAGAGACCAAAGAGAAAACGGAAGAACUCCAGAGUGACAUUCAGUGAUGAUGAUGAAAUCAUCAAUCCGGAGGAUGUGGACCCUUCUGUUGGGCGUUUCAGGAACAUGGUACAGACAGCAGUAGUCCCUGUUAAGAAAAAACGGUUGGAGAAUCCAGGCUCACUGACCACAGAUGAUUCUUCAUCACGACGUAUGCAAAUUUGAGGAUUAUAUGGUGGUUUACCUCCAACUCACAAUGAGGCAGGUUCCCAGUCGCAUGGCGUCCAUGGGACAGCACUCAUUGGUGGUCUGCCAAUGCCCUACCCCAAUCUUGCCCCAGAUGUAGACUUGACUCCUGUUGUGCCCUCAACUGUUAACAUGAACCCAGCUCCGAACCCCGCUGUCUUUAAUCCUGAAGCUGUGAAUGAACCCAAGAAGAAGAAGUGCAAAGGAGGCAUGGCCUGGCAAGAAGCCAACCCCUUCCCUACUGAUCUGAGUUGGGUUUUGUUGAGAGAGGGUGGGAGUUGCGAACUCCAGAAACUGUUUGUGUGCGGUAUCGUCUUUUUAAAAUUUCGGUGUCCUAACCAGAUGUAAUGCCAAGAUUGGAGAAGUGAAGUAUCCUGCAAGUGAAAGAUCUGUCUUCAAACAUUUUUAUGUCUGUUUAAAAGAAAAAAAAAAAAUACAGCUCCCAUCUUCUUCUGAACCAAAAUAUCUGGCAGCCUUUUCUUAGCCAUUACUGUCCCCAGAGGUUUUUACUCCAAAUUUCGAUCCAUAAAUGGAAGGGGCAGUAU